AUGUCGGCAAGAUAUGACAGAGCUAUUACUGUUUUUUCACCAGAUGGUCAUUUACUUCAAGUAGAAUACGCCCAAGAAGCAGUACGAAAAGGAUCGACAGCGGUCGGUGUACGAGGUCAUGAUGUUGUAGUGUUAGGUGUAGAGAAAAAAUCUGUAGCUAAACUUCAGGAAGAAAGAACUGUAAGAAAGAUAUGCCUUCUUGAUGACCAUGUUGUUAUGGCUUUUGCCGGUUUAACAGCUGAUGCUCGUAUUUUGAUAAAUCGAGCUCAAAUUGAAUGUCAGUCUCAUAAGCUUACUGUAGAAGAUCCAGUUACAUUAGAAUAUAUUACAAGAUACAUAGCGGGCCUUAAACAAAAGUAUACUCAGAGUAAUGGACGAAGACCAUUCGGCAUUUCGUGCCUUAUUGGAGGAUUUGAUUAUGAUGGUCAACCUCAUUUAUUCCAAACGGAACCAUCAGGCAUAUACUAUGAGUGGAAAGCUAAUGCAACAGGAAGAUCAGCAAAAACAGUAAGAGAAUUUCUAGAGAAGAACUAUACUGCAGAGGAAGUGGCAACUGAAAAGGGUGCAGUAAAGCUAGCUAUUCGAGCUCUCUUGGAAGUUGUACAGUCCGGCCAAAAGAAUUUGGAAAUAGCAGUAAUGAGGCGUAACCAGCCAAUGCAAAUGCUUGAUAUUGACACAAUCAAUUCUUAUGUAUCUGUUAUAGAGAAGGAAAAAGAAGAAGAAGCAGAAAAGAAAAAACAGAAGAAA